AUGGUGUCGAACAAGCACGAUUUUACCGACUCCGAGCCAGAGAUUGAAGGGGACGGCGAUUCUGUCAUAGAAGCAGGACCGUCCAACCCACGUAAACGACAGCUUAGCGAAGAACUUGCAGAGUCAUCCAAUGCAGGAGGGUAUAGUCGAGGUGGAAGCGUAGAGUUUGAUGAAUUGUUAGGGGAUGAUGAUGAUGGAGUCGAAGGGGAUACAGAACCCGUACCACCACCCAAGAAAGCUAAGAAGGGAGGGAAUCCGCUGAAAAUCACACUUCGACCAGGUAUCAACAACCUCAUCAAUCCUCAGCCUGAACCCAACUCGAAACCUAAAUCCAAAGCGAAAUCAAAUACCGCAAGACAUUCUGAUCGAUCAUCAUUAUCACCCCCACCACCUAUUACGCUCAAGUUCGGCCUGAAAUCAGCUAUGGCUGAGAAAGCUUCUUAUUCCUCAUCGGAGGAUGAUGAUCCCCUUCCUAUCCCUGAACCACCAAGUAAGAAGAAGAAAUCAGUUUCUUCUACUUCUACACCUUCUUCAUCCAAGGGCAGAACCUCAGCAGCGGCAGCUGCAUCGGCAUCGGCUGGAACGGGAUCAGCACAUAAGAAGAGCUAUGAUUGGUUGGCACCGUCAGUAGCUGGUGCUAGUCAUCGUGGACCACCCGAAAGACAAGGCUCAAUCUCGAACGGUUCAAGUAAGAUCACAGGAUGGUCUCCUGCUGACGAAGCUAUUGAUGGACUGUUGGAUGAUUCUCCCGAUACGACAACAGAGAAGAAACCACCUAAGAAAAGUCAUAAGAAGAAAGCCGCAGAUGCGCCUUCAGGUCCAGGUAAAGCUUGGAGAAAAGGUAUAAAAAAAUCAAUGACGGAUUCUGUCAAAGCAGAAGACGGCUUGUCGACACCAGGUGGAUCACCUUUAGUCCACGCAGCGACGCCAAUAAGUAGAGAAGCAUCGCCUGACCCACUUGAAAUCCCUCCGCGAUUGGUAAUCGAACGACCUAUGAAUCCCACCAUCGCAUCAGCUUCCAGAGAACCAUCACCUCCAUUCGUGCUUGCGGAUGCGAAGGAACUGGGGUUCCCCGUAUUUCCAAACCCUAUACAUGCGCCGAAGAUUCCUCUAGGUGCUUUCCCAAAGGUAACCCAAUAUUUCGCUCCUAUCAAUGGAGGCGAUGUGGGACCAUUCCCCCGAAAAGAGCCCGUGAGAAGUUGGACCCUCGGUGAAAAAGUGAUAGUUGGGAUUGGAGGCGGUCAGCUCAAAAUGAAAUCAUGGACUAUGGGACCGCCAUCGGAAUUAUCUCGUCUCGUCCAAGCAGAUAAAGAAGCGAAAGAGAUCGCUCGACUAGCCAAAAUCAAAUCCAACGCCAAUGCCAACGUCAACAACACUAACGCUAAUGCUACUCCCAACAACAACCCUACUACUACGCCUGUAGAAGGCAAUGGAGAAAGACCACCUUUAAAUUCGAUCAACUCCUUUGACUCGUCUACACCGAGUUUACCUCCGGCUUCUGGUGAGAAGGAAAAGCAGAAAGAAGACCAGAAGGAAGAUACGAUAUCUGAAGUUGGAGACGUAGAUGAAUUACAAUUACAAAGUGGACAGAAUACUCCUCCUGUCGCUAUCUCUACAUCAACACCUGCACCAAAGAUUAAAGUCAAAGUAGGUGGUGCUGGAAGUACAAGUAAGAGUAAGAAAGGUGCUGCGCCAAGAAAGAGUAAUCUAAGACAGGAGAUCUUACCUACUCCCCUUCAGAGUGAGGGGGAUGAUAAUGGAGAAGAUGAGUUGUAG